CAACACUGGAAAGACUGCAAUUACUAUGCAAACUUACGAUCCAACAGUAGAAUCUACGUAUCGUAAACAGGCCGUCGUUGAUGGUUAUCCAUGUAUGAUUGAAGUAUUAGAUACAGCUGGACAAG